AUGGGGGGCAAGGUAUGUAGACUUGUUAUUGAUUCUGGAAGCUGUGAGAAUGUGGUAUCAGAAGAGGCUGUUCAAAAAUUGGGAUUAGCAACAAAGAAGCACCCUAACCCUUACAAACUAUCUUGGCUCAAAAGGGGCAAUGAGGUAACUGUAUCUAAACGUUGUUUGGUUUCUUUUUCUAUUGAGUUGAAAUAUAAGGAUAAUGCAUGGUGUGAUGUGGUAGUUAUGGAUGCAUGUCAUCUUCUCAUUGGUAGACCAUGGCAAUAUGAUAGAGAGGUUCAACAUGAUGGUAAGAAGAAUACAUACAGUUUCAUGUUUGGUAGCACAAAAAUUGUGUUGUUGCCCUGUAAGGAGAUUGAACCUAAGCUAACUUCAAGAGGGGGUAAGAAUCUCUUAGCUAAAAGGGCAUUGGUUGAAGAGAUAUUUGAUUCAGGGUUGGUGUUUGUAUUAUUGGGAAAGGAGAGCUCAAUGGGUAGUGUAGUACCAGAGGCUGUGCAAUCUUUAUUAGAUGAAUUUGCAAACGUGUUUCCUAGUGAUCUACCUGAGGGGUUACAUUUGAACUUUGGACUUGAAGUGUAG